AUGUCCCUUGACCUGUCCACAUUCAUGUCCAAUGUCUACCACGUUGAAUUGCUUUGUGCGGCUUUGUGUUUUGGUUUGUCGGGCAUGUCCAGAGGUCUCGACGAGGGUAUCAUCUCAACAACGGUGACGCAGAAGUCUUUCAUCGAUGAGUUCCACAUUCAAGGCAACGACCUCGAUUCAUCGCAGCAAGCGAAUAUCCUCUCAAAUAUUACGUCCAUGGUCCAUAUCGGUAGUAUACCGGGGGCCUUGAUUGCUUUCUUCCUCUGUGAGCGUAUCGGUCUACUUUGGACCAUGAGGCAGCUUUGCAUGUUUUGGAUGCUCGGAUCUAUAAUUGUCAUCACCUCCACCGGGAAUCUGGGUCAGUUGUAUGCUGGUCGGUUCAUCAUGGGUCUAGGAAUUGGUCAGGCCGGCGUCGUGGCUCCGACUUAUCUGGCAGAAAUUGCACCUGCCCAUGCUCGUGGGAUGUUGAUUAAUACGUUUGCCAUGUCGGAGUAUCUUGGGAUUAUGAUUGGGUAUUUCUCGGCUUGGGGUGCAUCGUUGCAUAUCUCCAAUACAAAUUCCAAACAAUGGAUCAUUCCACAGAGCAUUCAGGUCAUAGUUGCUGGUCUUUUGAUUCUGUUGUCGUUCCUGUGUGAGGAGAGUCCCAGGUAUCUGUGCAAAAUCGGAGAUUGGUGGAAAGCGAAAGAGGCACUGGGUAGGAUUUGGGGUGUGCCUGCGUUACACCCUGAAGUGAUCUCAGAGAUUGAAGGCAUUCAUUAUGAGCUGGAAGCGGAUCAAAACCACACUAUAAGAGAAUCGUGGUUCCGAGCUAUAAAGGAGCUGUUUUCUGUCAAGGCUAACCAGAGAAGGCUGCUAUUUGUCUUUUCGGGGCAGAUACUCGCUCAAUGGUCCGGCGCCAACUCCAUUACCACUUAUGCGCCCGAGCUCUUCGCCCUCUUCGGUAUAAAAGGUCAAUCGCAGAAACUGUUGGUCACAGCUGUCUUCGGUGCCGUGAAGUUAAUUGCCUCUUUCCUGUGCGCCAUCCUUUUGAUCGACCACAUAGGACGCAAGAGAUCUCUAUUGUUUGGUAUUAUGGUGCAGCAGAUUGCUUUUAUAUAUGUCGCCAUAUUCUUGACUGUUGAGUCCUUCUCGGCCCAGGAAAGUUCGGAGUCUAUGAAAAGGGCAGCUAUCGGGGCUAUCGUUUUCUUGUACUUUGUUGGAAUCGGUUGGGCAAUGGGCUGGAACUCCAUGCAAUAUGUGAUCAAUGCCGAGAUUUUCCCGCUUCGUGUUCGCUCGACUGGAUCGAGUCUGUUAAUGUGUUUCCAUUAUGCAAAUCGGUAUGGUAUUUCAAAGGCGGUUCCGUCGAUGUUGCUGCUUGAUAGCAUGCAGCCAGAAGGGACUUUCUGGUUCUUUUCGGUGAUGACUUUCUUUGGGCUCCUAUGGACUGGGAUUUUGCUUCCUGAGACUGCUGGUCGGCGUUUGGAGGAGACGAGUGUUCUGUUUUCAGUAGAUAUUUAG